AUGUCUUCCUCCAAAGCCACAGAUAUUCCCGAAAAGGUCCCAGACCUCCCCCCAUCAUUCCAAGAAACAAUGGCCUCAACACCUCCCAUUUUCAAAACCCAAUUCGCCUGCAUGACCUUCAACAUGUUCGACCGCAUCCGUCUCAUUAACUUCACAGAAGCAGAAGUAUCAGGCAUCAAAGAAGUCGUCGCAGAGCGGUGGUCACCUGGUCUUUCACAUGUGCAACCCUACGGGGAGUCAAUGGAAUUCAGGCUUCGUGGAAGACCUUGGCUGCACAGAUCUGGUGGGAAUGAUGAUUCCAGGAGGUUAAUGUUGAGAAUUCUGGAGAAGUUGUUUGAUAUGGGUUGGGUGUUGCAGGGAGCUAUGGAAAUUACGCUCAAGUCUGAGAGCAAAGAUUCCCUGAUCUUUCGAAAACAAGAUCCUAUCCCACCGCCCUGCGACUGGAUCUGCAUAUCCUUUGACAACAGCGAUAAACUAAAGAUUGUGGACUCACCGCCCAAAGACCUCACAGACGCAAUCUUACAAACAUUUGGUCAUGAUGUGAGACACGCUGGAGAGAUGUGGUUUCACGAUUUAUGCUACGAUUGGAUCAAAGGGAGAGGAUGA